AUGGGCGAGGUGGUGGGGUUGCAGUCAUUAAUUGGAGCCACUCUAGCGGAGUACAGUCACAUUUUGAGUUUUAGGAGGCAAGUUUACAUAGCACCUUCAGAGAAUACGGAUAUCCCAGAAUCCAUAGAGAUAACGCACAACGAUCUGACCUAUCGUAUAUUUCUUACUUUAGACAGUCAAAAGUGCUACAAAUGUAAACUUAUUGGACAUAUUGCUUCACAGUGUCCAUCGAUCCAGAUUUCGCAGACUUCCACAGAAUCAGAGACCCUCAACGAUGAACUGUCAAACCCAUCCGAAAAUCAAGUAGUAUCAGAUAUAACUACAGAAGAUUCCACCACAGCCCACAUACAUCUGCCCAAAGAAAAUACCAAAGCAAUUACGAACAAAAACAGCCACCAACAUCCUCAAAACACUAACACAAACAUCAUUAGCCUGCACGGCGAAGGAACACCGAAUAAUGACGAAUUAAUAACUCCAAGCGUAUCCUCCAAAAGGAGCUUCUCAGAAAUACUAACACCAACGGAAGACACAGGUGCACCUCAAAGCUAUCAAAAUUCAUACAGAAAAAUGCAUUCUAAAAUUAGGUUGCAAUAG